AAGAAGGGCGACAUUGACCUUAGAGUUUUCUGCAAUAUAUAUCUUGAUUCGGAACACCAAACCGUGGAUUUGAUUUAGGAAAAAAAAUCUUUUCUUUAUGGCCGUACGUGCUAUUAAUUGCUGGCAAACCGAGUUUCAUAAGGAUCGAUCGUUUUGCAAUAUUUGAGAGCUGGUCUGUGCCCGGAAUCUCUGCCUCUCCUUUUUUUGCUCAAGCCGCCAGCAAACCAUUGAUCACUUCACUUUCUCGUCAGUGGCUCUUGUGUGCACACGUAAUAUUCGACAAUAGCGACUGUGUGAAUGCAUCGGAUUGGGGGGCUGCGUGCUGUUGGCUUUUAAUUUUUCUGUAUUUUUUCAGUCUCUACCGACCGUCAGUCAUUCCACGUGUCUUGCACGAGUGAAUGCUACUAGGCACUGACUUGGCUUGACUUGACUGACAGUCAACGCACACGCACAACACGCGCGCGCCCAUUUAGACGCAAACCCAACCAAGUCAGCAGGGCAACCAAUAUCGACCACACAAACAUCAACAGCAGCAGCAAUGGGUCGCCCUCGAGGUCGUGGACGUGGAGGCUCUCGUCGAAGCGGUGCUUCUUCUUCUUCGCAUUAUCAUAUGCCAAGUGCUUAUGAAGCGAGCUAUGAAAAUACUGACGAUUUCUCCACUGCAACUGAUGCCGCCAUGAGCAACGGCAACAGUGCAGUAUUAUCCGCCACACCCGCAAACUCCAACAACAGUACAGAUCUUGCUCUUCCCUCACAUUUUCCUUUGUCUUCUCCCACAAGCACUUCUACAAGUUCCCGCACGCCUGGAAAACCAUCCUCUUCCCAAACAGGUCGAGUUAAACCUUCCACACCGAAGCUGCCGUCGUCAGACACUCAGCCUGCGGCUCGUCAUGUGCGGUCGGAAAAGGCGCCACAAAAAUCUUCAUCAAACCUCACUCGCUCUCUCACAUUAUCCACACCCUCAACCCAGACCCCCCAGCCAUCCACUCCUGCAAACAACAGAGGUGUAAGCGGUACGCGUUCAACACGCCGAAGUACUAUUGACGCCGGCAGUGAUAUCGCUGCCAUGGGCAACGCACAUGACGAAUCCGUCUCAAAGGGCGGUCAUUCCCUACGCAGGCGCGCUCGUGUUGAUUACAGCCAAAUUGACACCGAGACGCUCGAUAUGCUCAAGGCAGAGCCUGCUGAACCUAACAUUGCCUUCUCCUCCCGUGGCAGGAAGCGCAAGAUCAUCGCCCAUGAUCGUAGUAUUUAUGACGACCUCGACGGUGUUGCCCCAUCUGUCACCAAAAAGGCACGUGUAGGAAGGUUCAAGGCUGCAUCACCCCCUCCUUCUCUGGUUACUAGGCGACGAAGGUCGACUGCAAGGUCAUUCAGCACCCCACAGCCAGAUCUGUCGUCCUCUCCACGCUCUGGCGAGGUCUCGGAUAACGACGUUAUGGAUGAAAUCCAAGUUGCCCUGGAAUCCGCCCAGUCCUCAUCGGACGGCCGGAGCAGCGAUCCAGAUAUCACAGCCGAAGACCCGGCUCCUCAGCCCAAUGAUGAGGACCCGCAGGACUCGGAUUCUGAUUUUGAUGACUUGGAGAGUUUUAAAUCUGGUUCCUCUGACCUUCGCGAUCUGUCCAUGUCGGCGCCCAAAACUGGCGUUCAAGACCCACAAUCAGAGGACGGAGAAGCACGGGACCAAUCAGAUGAUGAUAUGUCUCCUGCGCAUUUGCCAGAGGGUGCCGCCUCCUCCAGUGCCCAGCGAGACGGCAUCAUCACUCGGAAAAGAAAUCCAAAGAGGCUCAUCGUCACUGUCUAUGCCGAAGAUCUCGUCCUGGAAAGCUGCCACCCUGGUUCUCAGUUCGCGCGCAAGCACAAAGAAGCUCGUGCAAAGGACAUGGAGCAGCGCAGUCCGAAAUCUUUGAAUACCGAGUCUAAGAAAAACACUCUUGACACGGCCAAUUCGGACGCCGAACUUGCUUUAGCAAAUAAUGAUGAUAUGCCAGAAACUGCCCUCGGUGCCGAGUCUUUUGAUAAAGUUGACGAGGAAUCAGAACAGCAAACAAGCAAAGAUCCGGCACAAGAAGAACCUGUCAAAGCCGAGGAGGCGGCAAAAGACAACUCCAACUCGCUGAUGGAAGUUGACGAGCACCGCGUGUCUCAGCCCUCCGAACAAAAUCAACACUCACGCCACACGUCUCCUGUUGCUAACGUGGCGCAAGAACCAGCAAAGGAAUUGGCCAAAGACGAUUCCCCGGCUCCCGCGCAUGCAGAGGAUUGCAUGCAGCCUCGGCAUCAAACGCAAGAAACGACGGAUCCCAAAACUCUGCCUGCUGAUCAUACUGUUAUUGAAGGUCGUGACAUGGAAGAAUCUCAAGCCGAAGACUCUACUUCGAGGACACUUGAAAAGGGCCCACAAAAGUCCAAUGGUCCUGCAGCACGAGACGUAGAAGCGUCGUCGCCACAGAUUGUUUCCAGCAAUAUCGGAAAGUUGGCCGAUUACAUCCUGAGUCGUCACCAGCAACAAGUAUCAGACAAUGCUGCAAAUGAGGUCGUUAACAGCAUUGUUGAUGAGGUCGUCGACAGUCUUGAUAAUGAACCUAGUGUACCGACCUCCGAAGUUUCUCACACUGAGGCUGGUGAGAACCAGGACGGCGACCAAUCAUUACGUGUGUGUGCAGACAUAACAAAGACAGAUGAUAGAGUUGUUGGACCCGAAGAGCCCCUUGCUAGCGAUGCAGCACGAAUUUCAAACGAAACCAAGACACAGAAUGCAUCUGUCGAGAAGAAAGAUCAACCGGACGAGGUUGCGAGCAGGUCUCGCGAAGCAAGCUCAGUUGCUCCCGAAGAGCACAGAGCAGAUGCGCAAGACCUCGGUAUCACGAAAAAGACGCCGUUAUUACUACUCACCGAACCUGACAAAUCCGGAGCACCACAAGCAAGUUCAGACCAGGUCAUGAACAAUGACAGUUUGAGAAGCACGCCCGCGCGCUCAUCACCACCUGUUUCAUUCACCGACCAGCAAAACAUGGCUGCAAUGUCUGACGGCGAGGAACCCACGGCGCGCCUCACUCCCAUCACACCCACGGAGUCUGCAUUGCCAUCAAUUCCAUCCCCAUCUGACAAGGACACGGAGAAAAAAGAGGACGCAGUCCCAGAAUCAGCUUUGCCUGAACCCCACCCAGGCUCACCUGAACAAAUGAUAACGGAUGCCCAAGAACUGCCUACAACACAGGACGUUGAGCAGGAGGCAGUCGAGAUGCGGGUUGAUGCAGAGAAAUCCUCAGAGGAUUCACAGCCUGCAGAUGCCGAGCCUGACGUGCAACAACCUCCAGAGAUUGAUGGUGAAGAGCCUGAGAUAAGUCAACUAACAAUUGUUGAAUCGUAUGAUAACCAUGACGAUGUUGAUCAAGACGUUGAAAUGACGGAUCAUGAGGAAAACGACCAAGAUGUCCAAGGCGCGGACGAGCUCGACGUCGAAGCCGAUGAGUCUCACGAGGUAGAGCCAGUCGAUCUCAAGCCGUGGUCACAUCUUACUCCCUACGUUGCAGAUGUUAGUCUGUAUCCGGAGCUUGAAGAGCCUGACACGGCCGCCCCGUCUCCGGAACACCACCAGGAUCCAGCCGAUGAAGCCCACGGCGAGCUUGAGUCAUCAAAGGAUGCCUUUGCUGCCAGCCAAGACUCUAAUGCGACUGGAAAGGAUCACACAAACGGGGAAAAGCGUAGCCAGAGGCCCCGGCAAUUGUCGUAUAAAAAGUUGCGAUCAGCUGACGAUUUUGUCGAUGUCAUUGGGGACUACAAGUCCAUGAGCACGGAGGAUCUCUACGAAUGCCUGGCAAAGAUCAACCAAACAUUAUGCGCUUGGCAGGACGAGUACGUCGGGCACCGAAAGACAUUGGACGCUGAGUUCAAUGCGCCCAGGCGCAGAGCCGAUGAGCCAAAGGAAGACGAUCGUGUGUCUAGGGCACUCGACCGGUACAAGACGCUUGGUGUUUACGACCCCGAUACCCUUGAUAGCAGCAGACAGGCACCAAAGGGAUUCCAGCUCCGGCGGACGCUCGAACCACGCAAGUGGUAUACUGAGAUCGACAAGGAUGGAGACCAAGACAAAGCAGAUGCUCGAGCGAAUGACAAGGUGAUGGCUCAGACAUACGGAUUUGAGUAUGACAGCCGCGAAUUGAUGAUCGGAAAGCAGGAGCCGCUGAACCAACGUGAUGGGCCUAGCAAGCCCCGAACUCGAGCUCGGCCAAAGACUCAGAAAGCAGCCGAGGCGGAAGAGGAAGGUGUCCUAGGCAAACGGGCCCGCAAGAAGCGCAUACUUGACGAUGAAAGCCGAGCUCCAAGCCGUGCAGCUACUCCGGUACCUGUGCCUACCAUCAUCAACAAGCCUGGACGGCGCGGCCGCAAGGCUGCCGCUGAUCUUGAGCCCAAGGAAGUUGAGCCGGAGGAACCCGCCCCGCCUCCGCCUCCGCCUCCGGCCCCGGCUCCGGCCCCGGCUUCGGCUCCGGCUCCAGUUGUAACGACCAGGCUCGGCCGCAGUCGACGUGGUGCUAAGGCGCAGCAACAAAGCGAGCCUGAGGCAUCUCAGGAAAGUGUUCCUGUUGAAGAACCUCCGGCGCCUCCGCCCGUUACUCGAAAGAGGCGUCGCGGCGCGAACGCUGCCAAUGGUGACGCCGAUGCUCAGGCAAGCUCACAGGAGGUAGUGGAGGAACAGGCAGCUGCAGCUGUCAAAGAAUCUACACCGGCAGUGACGGACAAUGAGGCUGUAGAACCAAGUGCCAAGCGGGCACGGAAGAAGCUUCCUCGUCUUGACCUCGUCCGUCCAGCGAGUCGUCCUUCUAGGGGAGAGAUCUCAUCAGGAAACUUUUACAGUAAUGGACCCUCAGUGGCGCCCACGGAGGAUAACACGGAAGCGUCUCGGCCAUCUACGUCGUCGUCCAACGCUACUGUUAUGUCCGCUGCUUCUAAUUACUCCUUCCGUCCCAAGCGUGGGAGGAAUUUCCGAGAAGAGCUUAAUGGCGGCGAGCCCAGCUCAGGCGAGCCAAAGAAGAAGCGUACGCGACGCAAAGGACCUGCCCCGUCGUCGGCUCCCAUGCCGGCCGUUCCGCUCGCGCCGGCGCAGGCCCACCCCGGCGAGGGCAUGAUGCACAAGAUUAUGCAUCAGCAACCAUACUUUCCGCCACCAGCACAUUAUCCCCAUGCCUCGCAACAUGGCUCUUUUGGCGUAAUGAACUUUGGUCCUGGUGCCCCAGCCCCGAUGCCCCCGCACCCAACAAUCCCCAUGCCGCACGGGUCUGCGAUUUUCACGGGCGUUGGGCACCCUCAUCAGUCCAUACAGUCUCCGGGUCCCAUUACGAACGCCAGCAUCAACGGCAGGGGUGGACGCGAGCUGAAGAUCAAGAACGUCACGCCCUCGAUGGUCGGUGGAAGUGUUGGGCCUGGACCCGGGAGGGUUAUGAGCAUGGUUGCUAACCGCGAUAUGCUUAUGGCUGCGGGACUGGCCACCGCACCGACCUCCGUCUCGGGUGGAUCGGUGGAUGCCUCGCGGGCCAACUCGCCGUUUGCCGUUAACGGAGACGAGCCAGAGAAGGACUAUGCGUCAAUGACCAAGUCCGAGAAGAUGAGCCAUUCUAUGCGCUCACGCUGGCGAAAUGGAUCGAUGCAGGGCGCAGUGGCGAAGCGUAAGGAGACAUUGCGACUGAAGAAAGCCAAGGCUCAAGAGGCCGAGGAAACCCCAGGCGCUAACAAGGACUCUGCGCCGCCGGCUCAUGGCGAUGCCGCGAAGCCUGUCAAGGAACUUCCCGGCUCUGGUUGAAUGCCAGAUAUGAAAGUAAGAAUAUGGCAGGAAUACGAAGAAUAGGAAAAAGUGGGAAGCGGAAAAGUCUAGGCAAUGCCCCAGUUUUGAUGUAUCGAGAAGGGAGAGUGUACUUGUUUUAUUAUUUGAGGGUUUAGCGAUGCACUUGUUGGGGAGCAUGGAUUCCAAUCUUCUUUUUUCGCUGCCUCCAACCAACUACGGAGUAAAGAGUAGUUUUGCAGCUCAUAGGGGCAUACGCGAAGUUGGAGUUAUUGUUUACAGGUGGAAUACAAAAAUACAAUCGAGUGUCUCUAACUUUUGGGUUCUUUACUUUGUAUGUGGCUAGGGGACUUGAGGGGAAUGCUUGGCAGUUUUAUGACUGGAUAUGAUGCCAAGUAAUGGUAUUGUUGUUGUUCGUCUGCAGCUUAUGUUGCACAGGGGUUUUGAUUUGUUCUGAAUAGGGGGAGGGGAAUCUGUCGGCGUGUCCAAGGCAGAGAGACUAUGUGGGUAGUAGUAGUUUUUGUACAGUAUAUUACAUAUGGUGGCGUCGGUCCAAUUUUGAGCACACAAUGCGAAUCCAACAAAGAUUGCAUGGCCGAAG